AUGUUCUCGCUGACUCUGACGCCCACUGCCUUGAUCGGCGUUGCGCCCAGUGCAAGCAUCACCGACAAGCUGAAGAUUCCCAAGAACUUCUCCGUGCGGAGCGGAGCGAGGCCGUCGCUCUUUGCGUACCCGGAGCCCAUGCAGCCUCCAAAGAAGGAGGAGACGGCAAAGGCGGCGACAGCAGUUCUCUCCACGGCAGCCAAAGCCAAGCAGCUCAAGGAGAAGAAGGAGAAGGAGGCGAACGAGCUGAAGAAGGCCCCUUCCAACGCAGACGUGGACAUGGACGACAAGGCCUCCAUCGGUGGCUCUGUGGCAGAGGGUGCCGCAUCCUCCGUGAGAGGAGCCGACAUCGUUUCUGUGGCUGCGACACCAGGCACCACAGUGGUCGGUUCGGCAGCCACCGAGUCGGUCGCGGCACAGAGCGACCUGGGCAGUGAGAUGAUGGAGGUGGACGACCCGCAGGCGCCCCCUGCAGAGAAGCCAGCCCCCAAGGAAGCAAAGGCCGAUGAGGCCAAAGGCGAAGCCAAAAGCGAGGCAGCGGAUAAGAAGGAUGAGAAGAAGGAGGAGGAGAAAAAGCCUGAGCCCGAGCCUACCGAGGAGAUCUUGAGCAACCCUUGCCGCGUUCUCAAGGGGCAGGUGCAGUUCAUCUCCUUCCCGAAGGAGGUCUCCGGAACGACUGCGCGGUACAAGCCGCUCUUGGAGUCCAGGAAGCAGGGCUUCCUACUUCUGCGGGACCUGCGGCCGGAGGAGCCGGAGGAACUGUUCUUGGAAAGCGAGAAAAGGGAGGAAGAUGAGCAGGAGAAGGAGCCUGAUCCGCCGGAGCCCUUCCCCUGGAGCGCGGACGAGUGA